AUGAACAAAAUUAAAAGAAAGCUUUUCUCUAUGGAGGCUAUCUUAGAUUCUAGAACUAUAAAUGACUAACUCUAUUUUUUAGUAAAAUGGGCUGGCUAUCCAAUCUCAUAAUCCACAUGGGAAAAAGCAGAUAAAGUUCCAGCUGAUUCAAAUAUGAUUUCAGAGUAUAAGAUGAGUGUUCAGAUGCUUGGAAAAACCUUCUAUUUUGAUCCAUUAGAUUAACCUCCUUAGAUUGAAGAUUUUGUAGAUAUUCCACCUGAAAAAAGUGAACUUUCCACUUUUAACACAAAAUUAAGUGAAUUUCAGCAUCAGAUCAAUACUCUUAGAGACGAUGUUAGGUUUAUUCUAUAAUCACAAUUGAAACUCAUUAAAGAGCUAAAAAUGUCGAAAAAUGCUAUUCAAUAAUAUGACAUAUUAGGUUCACCUGCCUCUCAAGAAAAAUAAUAAUCUGUUUAAUCUGAUAUGAUGCAAUAAAGCGCUUCAAUAAAUUAUGAUGGUUCUUUUGAUUAAGGUGACAAAGUUGAAAAAAUUGGUAGAGCUGUUUAAAUUAAAAAAAGUAAAACAAAGAUGUAUUAUAUUUUAUGGAAAAGAAGAAACAAUGGUCAAAUUCCAAAAAAUUCAUGGGUAGAAAGUGAAUAAAUGAUUGAAAAUGAUCCUGCUAAAGUUUGUCAAUACUUAUGGAAUAAAUUAAUUUGA